CCGUACCUUCUCUUGGGGGGAAGACAGUAGUAAUGGAUGCUUGAAGCAUCAUCUCACCUGUGGGGUUUCCUUUUCCCUUCCCAUCGUUCGGAGACAUUCUUCUUCUGAGGUUUUUUUUUUUUUUUUUUUUUUGGUUGUGAGUCUAACUAGCGAAGUUUGUGAUGCCUUGGCACGCAGGAGAAUGCUGGUGAUGAGCUUCACAGCCAGGCCAGUGGCCAGCAAGCUGCUGACAGGGAUGAUGUCAGGCGUCAGGCCCUCCUCGUCAUCUGCAGCUGUACAGUCAACAACUGCAGAUUCGGGCAGCAUGGCUCGCGCAUACGAUUCUGCCUUGAAGGCAUUAAUGUCAUUGGGACCGGAUAAGAUCGCACCGCCAGACGAGUACAAGACGCGUCCGGAGGUCAACCUACGUAUGGCAGGAUACGUGGAAGCGCUAAAUUUAGAUUCGGCGAUCGAUAAUUUGAGUGUGAUUCACGUGGCAGGCACUAAGGGAAAAGGAUCUACCUGCUGCUUCACGGAGAGCAUUCUGCGACACUCUGGAUUUCGGACAGGAUUAUUUACAUCGCCGCAUCUUCUAGACCUGCGAGAACGUAUCCGGUUCGAUGGACAAAUGGUCUCCAAGUCGUUGUUCAGUGAUCAUUUCUGGUGGUGUUGGGACAGACUAGAGUCGAGAUCAAGGUCGGGGUCGUUGCCGAUGCCCGGGUUCUUCAAAUUUAUGACGCUACUAGCGCUUCGAAUGUUCGCCGAACAGAAAGUCGAUGUCGCCAUUCUGGAAGUAGGCAUAGGAGGACGACUGGACUGUACAAACGUUGUCCGUUCGCCAGCUGUCUGCGGGGUUACUUCCUUGGGAUUUGACCACACUGAAAUUCUAGGCGACACCAUUGAAUUAAUCGCCGCUGAGAAGGGCGGGAUUUUCAAGAGGGGUGUGCCUGCCAUCACCUGCUCGCAGCUGGAAGGGGGUAUGGCUACCCUGGAGGCGAGAGCACGUGAGUUAGGCAUUCCUUUGGAGCUCGCGCCACCGCUGUCAUCCCUCCUUUCCCAAAGAAGAGCUGGUACACUCCACUCCUCAGCAAGCACUGGUAGGUUAUCUGGACCAGCAGGUAGAGAAGCAACAGGUAGAGAACCAGCAGGAGGAGGAGGAGGAGGAGGAGGCACGUCAGUGGAGAAAGACAAAGGCUCGGGGGCGUUUAAGCUGGGAAUUGCGGGGAAACAUCAAGAUGUGAAUGCAGGACUGGCAGUUGCUUUGUGUGGCAAGUGGAUGGAAAGGGCAGGGCAUAGAGAGUGUGCGCGGAAUUUGGAAUUCGCACUGAUGGAAGGCCGUCUCCCUGAUAUGUUUGCACGAGGUCUGGCUGAGGCGAAGUGGCCUGGACGAGCACAUGUUGUGCACGACGAGGUUGUCGUUAAUGCAGCAGCGUCUUUGCAGGGGCCAAGUAAUGAAGGGAAAGGGGGGAGGGGAGUGGAAGCAACUGCAACUGCGGUCGAUUCUGUUGCAGCUGUGUCUGUAGAGGAGGGGGACAGGGGUGACAACAGUAGCAUGUCCUUGACUACGAGUGGCGAUGGCGAUGGGAAUCCAACGGUGAGAAAAAUUAGGAACUUAACAUUUUAUCUUGAUGGAGCGCACUCGCCAGAGAGUUUAAGUGCUUGUGCGGAAUGGUUUUGUGACGAGGUCAUUGCCAACAGCAGCAGGAGAGAGAGUGGAGGAGGAGGAGGAGGAGGAGGAGGAGGAGGAGGAGGAGGGGAGGAGGUGGAGGACAAUAGGAGUGGCAACGACGGUGUGGAUAAGCAGCAACAUCAAAGGGUCCUGCUCUUUAACUGCCUCUCGAAGAGGGACCCGAACAAGCUCUUCCCUUCCCUUCUCUCAGUAGUAACCAACCGUGGUUUAGCAUUCCAUAGAGCUAUAUUUACCCCAUCAGAAAGUAGCUUCACCGUUUUGCGAGGGCUCUCCGAUCCGCUGUCUACGACCGCCGAUCUCAGUUGGCAGAAUCAGAUCAAAAGCUGCUGGGAUGAGCAUCUCCACUUAUAUUCUCCAAUCCUUCUGUCUGGCGAUCACGGGGCAGCAAACGCACCUGCGAAUUGUCAAACACCUGCUAAUUCACCGCCAUCUCGUUUGUGCGCCAGCGAUCCCCCCCAUACGUCCACACCCUCCUCGCAUGCUGCUACUCUGCACUCACCCCUCUCCCCCUCUGAGGCCAUCCCCGCCCCCACCUCGUCCGCUUUGGAGCCAUUUAGCCGGGGGUCAAGAAGCUCAGUUAUAGGGUCCCUUUCUGAAACCUUAGAAUCGCUCCGGCAAUCUGCAAGGGAGAAUCCUUCCAUCCAUGUACAUGUCCUUGUAACUGGGUCACUCUAUCUUGUUGGUGAUCUGUUGCAUCUGUUGGGAAACUCCACCAAGUGACAUUCUUCCUAUUGCCGUCACAGUUUUCUUGCUCUCUAUACAGUCUGGAAGUUUUUCUUGCAUUCUAGAUCUGCGAAAAAGAAGAGAAGAAGAAGAAGCUCAGUGGGUGGCCUGAAUUCCCCGCAGCGAAUGCCCUACUCGUCGACACGAAAAGACUUUAUUGUUCUUCCCUCCGUUUGCCACUUUUUGUGCACCGAUGCACCUGUUGGUAGUCAACGCUUGCAUAAGGCAGAGACAAUCAUCAGGUGCCAAAAAAAAAAAAAAAAACAAUCGGGUGCAAAUGAUGCAAUCUACAUGUCUGAUCAUGUUGAGAUGGGAAAUUUGGUUUCAGUCCUUUCGGAUGUAUUCCCCUAAGGGUUUGGAAUUGUAAAAGCAAUCUGGUUGGUCUGAACGAGGAAAGAGAUAUCAGAUGGAAGAAGAGUCAAGCCACAGAGAGAGAGAGAGAGAGAGAGAGAGAGAGAGAGAGAGAGAGAGAGAGAGAGAGAGAGAGAGAGAGAGAGAGAGUCAUUUGGCAUGUGCCUGUCCUGGGUGAGCAGUGGUCAGGAAGCAGGGGCAGUCCAGGAAGUCAUCUGUUGUGGAGUUAGAGGGGUGAUAUGAGUGCGGGCUGGAGGGUUGUUUUUGUAGAAUCAUUAUGUCUUGCUCCUUUUGCUGUCCCCCCUCCUCUACCCCUGGCAGCUUUCCGGCGUUUCCGCUACUUCCUUCACUCCCUUCGUGCUGACAGAUGGAGCAAGUAAGCUCUUGUCCUGAAGUUUGACGAGCCAAUGGUAUGCACGGGAGGGCAGGGAGCGUCAUGGAGGGAAGCGCUGUGCAGUUUGUGGAAUGCAGGAAAGUAAAAACGAAUGAAAAAAACGCGAAUUC